AUGUUUUCCAGUCAGAACCCCUGGCAAGAUGCCAGUCGCGCCUAUCAGAUGGCGCCGGAGGAUAUCCAGGCCAUGGUGCAGCUUGCCGCCAAAUACGGACCGGUAAACCUCAUGUUCUUCCUCAGAAGCCUUGGUGAAUCCUGCCGACGUCCAAAGCAUCUCUGGGGAAUGGUCCGCAUCGGCUCCUCACCCCCGAGGGAGAUCAAGUCCUCGGACUCGCCCAUGAUCCAAGCAAAUCCGUCCGUCACCUCCAUUGUCACCGCAUCCACUCCCCGGAAGGCCAUUGAAUGUACCAUGUGUUUCGUCGAGGGAAUCGUUGUCGGCUUUAGCCGAAAGAGCGAUUUUAAGAAGCACUUGCAAAACUUUCAUCACACCAACACUCUCUGGGUGUGCCAGUACGCCGGAUGCCCUCUCACCUUCGACUUUGAAAAAGCCUACGUCGCCCAUGUAAAAUCUUGCCAUACCGAUAUCCACCUACCGCCCAACAAGGCCCGCGUUGAUCUCUGCCCCCAGCUCGUCUUCGCCUGCGGAUUCCGAGGUUGCAAAGAUCGCGUCUUUGAAGCCUCUUCGGAAGAUGAAGCAAAGACGCUCAGAGACAAGUAUUUCGACCAUGUUGCCAAGCAUUUCGAUAUGGGAUUCUGUGUUGCUGAGUGGGAGUACUACACCCAGAUUCAGAAUCUGCUCCGCCAAGAAGCCGUCAAGGAUAUGUGGAAGCAAUGUGUAUGGCAAAAGAGCAUCCGCAACGCCCUCCGCUGGCAACCACGGUCGUCGGCUGACCUCAAGAGACUACUCGAGUGCCGCCAUCUCUACGAUACCUCUCGGCUGCUUCACUGGGCUUGGACGCUUGGCGGCGAACCGUUCAGAUCGUCCAACCUCGAUGCGCCGGAACUCCCCCAGGCAUUAAACGCCCUUUGA